GUAGCGUACCUGUUGCGAUAUCACGGUCAAACCCGGAACACCGACCGGCAACUCGCUGAGUUGAUGUAGCUGCUGGAAGUCAAGUGUCGCGUUUCGCUCCCUGGAAAUGCAGCCCAGGCUUGAAAGAGCCUCGGAUGUUGAGGCAGGGCUACUUUUGGGGCAGCGUCAAUGGAGCAGGUGAGGGUCUGGGCUGGAAACGUCGCCUACAUCCCCAGUUCCCUACUUUAUCGUUUCCCGUCCGUUACCUUAUGUACAGAUACUCCUGUACCUAGCGUCACUUUAUGGACAUCCAAUAAAUAUGUUGAUCAUGGGAAUACUGAAAUCAUUUGGCAUCUUAUCCAUAGCACUACAGGAAACAUUCAAGGCAUCGAUGGAACAGAUCAGUUGGAUUGGAUCAAUUAUGUCAUGUGUACGAUUAACAGCAGGUCCCAUUGCUGCCAUAUUCUGUGCAAAAAUUGGUGAAAAGCAGACUGGAAUUCUGGGAGGAGCCAUGGUCUCUACUGGAUUGUUCUUAAGCACCUACAUUGAACAAGUUGCCUUCCUGUAUGUCACCCUUGGCUUAUUGACAGGAUGUGGUUUUGCCUUUCUGUCCCAGGCGGCAGUUCUUAAUACAACCAGAUACUUCCGUCGAAGGCUCAGCAUGGCCUGCGCCAUUUCUCGUUCAGGUACAGGCCUAACCUUUAUCCUGGCUCCAUUUAUUCAGUAUUUGCUCGAUGAAUAUGGCUGGCAAGGCUCCGUUCUCAUCCUGUGUGGAUUAACACUGCACUUAAUUCCACUUGGCAUGUUGAACCGUCCAAUUUACUUGAAGCAAGAUGUGGCCGAGACCCGUGACUGGAGACAGAAGAAGUUGAGUCUGCUUGAAGAGAAAAAGGAUGUAAACACUGAAGGGGAGUCACUGUUUCCAGUCAGUCACCACAAGCCCAUGAAAGUGCCUGUUCUCCAGACAUGGAAUGGCCUAGAGGAACCUAGCAUUUUAUUGCAUGAUGGGAAACAGGCUGGUGAGCAAAACUGUUGCACCCCCAAUGACUUGCCUAUUUUGGAGCCCAGGGAACUCUCCUUAUCUCAAGACCCUUCCUUUUUAAGUCAGAUGCAUUCCACUCCCCAAACAAGCUGCAGUGUCCCAAACAACAGGUCAAGUCAGUUUGUGGCCUCCAUCACCAUGCCAACUGAUAUGAGACACAAGGGCUUCUGCAGAGAAUUUGGUGACCAUCUGAAAUCCAUUUCUGUCGACAUGAAAAACCUUAUUGAUUUGACUCUGCUUGUGAACCCAAUGUUUAUUAUUUUCACUUUAUGCAGCUUCUUCAGUCAACUGGCCUACUUCAUACCUUAUUUUCACCUGGUCGCUAAGGCCAAGGCUUUGGGCAUUGAGCCAGUUCAAGCAACCUUACUUAUUUGUGUAUCUGGAGUCGUUGAGAUUGUGUCUCAGCUCAUCUCGGGCUAUAUCGCUGACCGCAACUUCAUCAAGAAGUAUCAUUACCAUAAAAUCUACCUUCUGUUUUGUGGAGCUGUCAAUCUUCUGGCACCCCUAGCAAAAACUUUCCCAACACUCAUGGUGUACAUAGUGUUCUUUGCCAUGUUCUGUGGGGGUUAUCUGACCUUAAUGCUGCCAGUCCUGGUUGAUUUUAUUGGAAACCAUGGAAUACAGAAGGGAAUUGGGCUUUUUCAGUUCUUUUUAGGGAUUGGUUGCUUGAUAGGGCCGCCGGCUGCAGGAGCUCUUCACGACUUCACCAAAAAUUACGAUGCCUCAUUCCAGUUGGCUGGCUCCUGUUAUUUUCUGUCAUUCUUGAUUUUGUUUUUCAUCCCACUGGCUGAACGGAAACUGUCCAGGGAGGCUAACAAAAGAAUCAAAGAUGACUCCAGCCGAUUGGCUGAAGAGGAUGUUGUCUCUCCAUGUCCCACCAUGAAGAAGGAAUACCUACAACUAGAAAGCACGGUCUGAGUGAGACCUCAACCAGCAGCAUCUCACAGAACUUGACAAAUACCAGUGCCUUGAUUUUGCCACUAAUCACAUCUUCAGUUGUACAGGUCUUUGGAUGGUUUUAAGAGAUGACUGUUUCUUUUGCCAAGAAGGGAAUGGAUGCUUGCUGGGUUUUAGGGCUGAGCUUCCUGAACUAAUUCAGACCAAACAGAGAUGGGGUGAUGAAAGGAGAACAGCACUUUAUUUGAAAAUACAUAUUGAUUACUGAAGAGUACAAAACCUCUACAAAGUAAUAUUUAGGAUAUUUUUUUGGUGUUCAUUGUGUUUCAUAAAACAUAAACCAGGGACUGAUAUAAGUAGCACUUUAAUCGUUACUGGCAAUUUUUAAAGCAUGGAGAAUAGAAGAAUCUUGAGGGCUCAGAAUAAAUUCCACAGGUGCUGCCUAGCGUGUUUUAGGAUUUUGAUAUUAUCAAUCCUGCAGGAGUCUGUCACCAAACAGCCCACUUGUGAAGCAACUGAAAGUGUAUUGUAGAGAAAUUGAGGGGAAUUGCAUAUUAGAUGAAGGACAGAUGUGAGGUUGCAAAAACCCUGACUGUAGCUGAGUCAACAAAGUAACACCACGUGCUGUAUGCUGAUUUAGACUUCACCUUAAUUCUGUCAGCGUAACAAUUAGCGUGAUGUUAUUACAGCUUCGGAUGUCAGAGUUCAGAGUCCAGUUCCUUAUGGAAUGUGAGGGUUUUCUUCAGGUGAUCUGAUUUCCUCCCAUUGUCCUAAGAAAUACAGUUUAGUAGGUUAAUUGUCCCAUGAUUAGGUUAGGGUUAAAUCAAUGAUUUCUGAGUGACGCAACUCAAAGGGCUGGAAGGGGCUGUUCUGUGAUGUAUCUCAGUAAAUAAACUAAGUGUGGAAUCCA